CACACACCUCUUCACACAGGUAGAACAGGUGUGUCCUGCAUUCACAAGAUCUGCACUCAGAUAGUUCAGUUGUGUUUCUAGCUUGCACUGCACACAAAAAACAGAAAUGGCCUCUGCAAACAUUUCAGAGGAGUUUCUGUGCUCCAUCUGUUUGGAUGUUUUCACGGAGCCUGUUACCACUCCCUGUGGACACAACUACUGCCGGGCCUGCAUCAGCAGCUACUGGAGCUCCAGGGACAUCAUCCAGUGUCCGCUGUGCCAAGAAACCUUCUGGACAGCCCCCAAACUGAGAGUCAACACCGCGUUCAGAGACAUGUUGGAGAUUUUCAAGAAGACCAAACAAGCAGCAGGUGAGGAUGGAGGAUCCCCGGCCGGGCCUGGAGACGUUCCCUGUGACCUCUGCGAGGGGAAUAGGAAGCGUAAGGCUGUGAAAUCCUGCCUGGUUUGUUCUGCCUCUUACUGCGACGCUCACCUGAAGCCCCAUUGCACCGUGCAGAAGUUAAAGUGGCACCAGCUGAUCAACCCCGUGGAUUCCCUCGAGGAAAGGGUGUGCAGGAAACACAACAAAGUGAUGGAUUCUUUCUGUAAGAGAGACCAGUGCUGCGUUUGUUCCGUGUGCCUGAAGGAAGACCAUGUGGGGCAUGACGUUGUCUCUUUGGAGGAAGAGUUUAAGGCGAGGAAAACUUUUCUGCAGCGCGCAAAAACAUCUAUGGCCGAUGCUAUAUCAGAUAAAUGCAACACGGUUAUAAGGGUGGAAAACUUGAUGACGCAAAGUAGGCAGAAGCUGGAGGAAACUAAGGUGGAAGCGAACCAGGCCUUCGAUGGUUUGGUUGCCGCGAUUCUCAGUAAAAAAAAUAAGCUGAUGGAGGAUUUGGAGGAGAAGCAGGAAGCUGAAGAGCAAAAGGAUAAAGCACUAAAGAGACAACUAUGGCUGGAGAUCGCAGAACUCCGUCAGACGAGUGUGAAGAUGGAAGAGGUUUUAAAGACAGAGGACGAAUUUCAACUCCUGCAGAACCUACCAUCCAUCCCCUCUGCAACAAACACAAGGCAUUGCUUUACAGAACGCAAAAGUCUCCUGCAAGUAGAGAAAGUCUGGAGAGCGGUGGCUGAAAUUGAGGAGAUGCUCAACGAACACAUGGACAAGAUUAAGGAAGAGGAGGCCUUUGAAGAACAGCAAACAGGAACCCCGUUUGACGAUGAACUUGAUAAGAUCCAGGAGCAACAUGCAGUAAAAGUGACUUUGGAUCCCAUCACAGCUCACCCUUCCCUUAUUGUCUCUGAGGACGCGACACAAGUUUGGGAUGGAGUCUUCAAGAGGAACAUCAGUGACAACCCUAAAAGGUUCGACUCGCUCCAUUUCGUCCUUGGGAAUGAGGGGUUUUCCUCCGGGAAAAUCUACUACGAAGUAUCCCUUGAAGGACUGACUGGAUGGGAAGUGGGAGUGGUGAGAGAGUCCAUCAACAGGAAAGGUGUCAACUUGUCGCUUACUCCAGAAAACGGAUGCUGGACGUUGGGGUUGUAUUGGGGACGAUGCCAGGCUAACUCCAAUCCUCCGGUCCACUUGCCUUCGAUUGAAAAGCUCCAGAAGGUCGGGGUGUUUGUGGAUUUUGAAGAACGGUUCGUCUCUUUCUACAACGUGGACACGAGGGCUCAGAUCUACUCGUUUACAGGGUGCUUCUUUGUAAGUGCAUCAUUUCUGAAGAAAAUACUAGUGUUUGGGGUGAGGCCCAAGAUCUACCCUUUGUUCCGACCCAGCGCUGAGGAAGGGAGCGCUCCUUUAUGGAUCACUAAUGCAUAGGCGGAUUUUGCAGGGGGGCAGGGGGGGCAUUUCCCCCCCUAGUGGCUGAAAUAUGUUACAGCAUUACUACGUCGAAAACUGUUCCAAUACAAAUAUCUUCGUAUAUCAAUAAAGGUAGGACACUCGUUAAUAAUAUUGUAGCGUGUUCAAGUAACCAAGGAAUAUAGUAGUUAUCAAUUAAGUAUAAGAUGUGCACAGUUAUGAUACGUUUUACAGUUAUGUAAUGCACUGUUGUUGGGGGGAGAGACCGCCCCUUCCAUAUGAGUGUGUGUGUAGGACGGGCAUGGAAAAGUCAUACUCAGUGCGGUGAGCGCUGGCUUUAUUGCUACUGUAUCCGUAGCACCCCACGUAAUAGUUGGGACUGUGUACUGACGUCAGUAAAAAAGGUUUGCCACCCCAAGCGCAAAUGUCAAACUCCGCCUAUGCACUGAUGUCAGAUACACAAAAAGAACGUAGAACGUCCUACUCGGACAAGAUCCUUGGGUUUGUUAUAAUGGAGGAGGAUUUUAGGAUGAGAUUAACCUUUUUUUUUUUACAUUUGGACGUUGCAGCAACACAGGGAGAGCGGUAGUACAGAAGAAUAAAUACGCUUCUUUCUGUCCUUGGAAAUAAGCGAUGUUGCUCUAGUUAAAUCAAAUUUGAAGUAUCCCUUAAAGGGGACCUAUCAUGCAAAAUGCACUUUUGUACGUCUUUUACACAUGAAUAUGUGUCCCCGGUGUU